AUGUCGUUUUUACAAUCCAAUAAAGGAGAAUAUUCAAAAAAUGCUGAUACGGGACGUGAUUCAUCUGCAGGGGUUGAUUCGGAAAGUACAGGGCCUAAUAAGUCCUCAGUUGCCAACUCUAAUAUCCAGUCUAACUUGCAUGGUACUUCUGCACCAUUAGAACAGUCCACGGUAACAUCGAAUACCGCUAGUCAUCAGCAUCAGCAAGAACAGGAGAUGCUUUCAGGAUUUGCUAUUCCUAGGCCACCCGUGUCUACACAGCAAUCGAGUGUGGCUGCUGAAAAAGAACAAGGGUCCAAUACAGGCCAACCUGACUCUCCGCGUACAUUAUGGAUGGGUGACCUAGACCCAUGGCUAGAUGAAGGUGCGAUAGCAGAUCUAUGGUGGCAGAUAUUGCAUAAGAGAGUCAACGUUAAAAUUAUAAAACCUAAAACUUCUAAACCUGAGAAUAAUGCACAAGGACUAUCACAUUCUGGUUAUUGUUUUGUUGAAUUUGAAACUUUUGAUGAUGCUCAGCAAGCAUUAGGUUUAAAUGGACAACUAUUACCAGACAUAGCUAUGCCAUCUCAACAACAAUUCCCCAAUAAUCCAGAUAACCAAAAGAAAUAUUUCAGACUUAAUUGGGCUAGCGGUGCAACGUUGAGUGCUCCCAUUGUUCAGACUCCUGAAUAUUCAUUGUUUGUUGGUGAUUUAUCUGCUUCCACUACAGAGGCACAUUUAUUGGCAUUUUUCCAAAAAAGCUUUCCAACAUCGAUCAAAACAGUACGAGUGAUGACAGAUCCUGUUUCUGGUAAAUCAAGGUGCUUUGGGUUUGUUAGAUUCACAGAUGAGCUGGAAAGACAACGAGCCUUGGUAGAGAUGCAUGGUGCUUGGUUCGGUGGAAGGCCAUUGAGGGUUGCCUUAGCUACCCCAAGAAACGUAGGAGGAAAACUUCGUUAUCCUAAUAUCCCUAGUCCUAAUUUCUAUAAUCCUGACCAGGGAAGACAAAUGUUUAUUCCACCUAAUGCUAUGCCAUUGGGUGGUUCUCCCUUCGGAUUCUUUGGUAACCCACAAAUGCCUCCUCCUCCACAUCAUCCUCAUCAGGCACCUCCACAAUCAUAUCCAAAUCAUAUGCCACAUAUGGAUAUGUCACCUAUGGAUAUGCCGCCUACAAAAGAAUAUAUUGAAGAUCGUGAUCAGAAUACUUCUUCAAAUGGUCAGCCUAAUGUUGAACAACUUAGAUCUCCAAACUUACAGGGCGUUCAACAUGGCCAGCCUUUUACUGACCCUAAUAAUACUACAGUGUUUGUUGGUGGUUUAUCAUCUGAAGUUACUGAACAAACUUUAUUUACACUUUUUAAACCAUUUGGUAUAAUUCAGCAAGUGAAAAUUCCACCUGGAAAGAAUUGCGGUUUCAUUAAAUAUUCCUCUCGUGAAGAGGCUGAAGAGGCUAUUGCUGCCAUGCAAGGAUUUAUUAUUGGAGGCAAUAGAGUUAGAUUAAGUUGGGGCAGGGUUUCCAUGAACAAUAAGAAAUACCAGCAACAGCAGCAACAAGUAGCUCAAGCUGCUCAAAUGCAAGCUGCGACCGCAUUGUCUAUGGGAAUGGAUCCAGCUAGUGCUAUUGCAGCUGCUGCUGCUGCUGCUGCUGCUGCGGGUGGAUACCCACCUCCGAUGCAUGGAGCACACGGGCAUUCUCAAAAUGCUGGCAUGCCGAUGAUGAGAGGAAUGCCACCGAUGGGUCUUCCUCCGCAUAUGCCUAUGCAAGCACAUGGAAGUAUGCAUAGUCCUAAUCCUCCAACCAUGCAAAAUUACCAGACUUCAAGCGAAGAAAAUGAUGCUUCAUUUGACAAAUCUGACGUUGAUUCAAAUGAAAAACCUUCGAAUGAAAAUUAUGGAAGAGAGCAUGGAAUGGCACCAGCACCUCCAUUUUAUAUGGGUGUUCCAGCUUCAGAUUAUAGCGUUCCACCUCCUGGCUCACAACAAGGACAAGAUGAAUUGGCUGAUUCAAUGGCUCAUAUGAAUUUGAGUGGUGAGAAUAAGGAUGUGAAUGUUAAUUCAGAAAAUUUCAUGGCCUAUCAAGGAGACCACAGGUUUAUGAUGCAGCCCAUGUUCAAUGGAGGAUUUCCAAUGCAUGAUCUUCAAUACCAACAGUUUAUUCCACCUCAGCAGCUUAACCCUCCAGCAAGAUACCCACCUCAUGAUGAUCAAGCUGCUAAUGAUGAUAGUACAGAUAAUUCUAAGAAAGAUGAUAAUGAUAAUAAAAAUGAUAAUGAUGAUUGA